AUGGUGGAAACCGUAAUUACCGUUGAACGCACCCAAACCACACAAACCACUGCUCCCGGUGGUACAGGUGGCGGUUUGUCGGCCCUGAGGAUUAAUAUUGGAUAUUUCCAAACGGUUCCUGGCAUUAUUAAACUUGUACAAUUUUUCCUUGGCAUUAUUUGUAUGGCCUGCGCAUCACCCUCAUAUAUUUCCGCAACAGCCUUCUUCCUUUUUGUUGCUGUAGUCUCAUUUAUUGCCACUUUGCUAUGGAUAUUCGCCUAUUUGUUGGGUAUUAGGGAGGCAUUGAAUGUUGCCAUCAAUUGGAUAUUUACGGAAUUGCUCAAUACUGGCAUUGCCACCAUUCUGUACUUCAUUGCCUUUAUUGUACAAUUGGCCAAGUGGUCAUCAUAUUCCUCGGAGUCCUAUGGUUAUGGUUCAAAUAUUGCUGCAGGUGUCUUUGGUCUGUUCAACUUUUUGGCCUAUGCUGCCGGUACAUAUUUCCUGUAUUUGGAACAUAAGAGUGGUGCCACAAUCUAAGAUGCG